AUGGCCAUAUCCGUCCCCCUCCCCAUCCCCGCCUCCCACAAACCCAAAACCUCCAUCGCCAAACUCCCCGCCACCGCCCCCAUCGACGACAUCCUCCACAUCAUCGAGCGCGAUGGCGGCAUCAUCCUAACUGACUUCGCCACCGCCUCCGAACUCGCCGCCAUCGACGCAGACGUCGAAUCCCACCGGCAGCGCACCCGCUCCACCGAACACAGCGCCCUACACAUCAUCCCCAAAGAGACCCUCGCCGUCCCCGGGCUCGUCGGGAAGUCCCCCACCGUAGCCGCACUUUGCGAAGCGCCAGUCCUUGAAUCCCUGUGCAGCAACAUCCUGACGGAAGAGUUCAGCAUCAUCCGCGAGGACGCGAUCGAGCACCAUAGUAUCGAUCCGCUUCUGAGCCUCAGCAUCACGCUGCAUAUCGGGUACGGGGCGCCGCGGCAGAAGCUGCACAGGGACGAUAACGUGCAUGGGAUACGACAUGGAGGGAAGUUUGAGCUGAGCAAGGCGAGCCAGUUUGGCGUGUUGAUUGCGGAGACGAGGACGUGUAGGGAGAAUGGGGCGACGAUGUUUAUUCCGGGGAGUCAUAGGUGGGAUGACGAGAGGAGGCCGAGGGUGGAGGAGGUGUGUUUCGCUGAGAUGGAGCCCGGCGAAGCGCUCGUUUUCCUGGCCUCGUGCUAUCAUGGCGGCGGACAUAACUCUAUCCCUGGCGAAGUGCGUAAGGUACAUGGGUUGUUCUUCAUCCGGGGUACGCUACGCACGGAGGAGAACCAGUUCCUCGCUGUCCCGCGGAGUAAGGUACUGGGUAUGAGUGAGAAGAUGGUGAGCCUGCUUGGGUAUAAGAAGCCGAGCAGUGUGUUGGGGAUUGUGGAGAACGAGGAUCCGAGUGCGGAUUUGAAAGGCGUGCUGGAGAGGGCUUAUCAGUAAGGAAGGACCUUCUAAGGAGUGAGUUAAUG